GCGCCUUCCCUCCAAAGGCUUUCGCAUUUCUUUUUUCUAGCCAGCCAAUAAGUCAAGACAAUUCGGCAGGCCACGGCAACUUUUUUCUUCGUCGACUGGGUUUUCCUGUUUGCUUUCUCCAUUGUCGAUCUCAGAAAUGUUUAGUGCGCUGUGCACUACACUUCGAGGAAAUUCCUUCAACCUGGUCUUAAAGAUUAUAUAUUCGCUGAACAACAGGAAACAUCCAUCGAUGUGCAGGGAGGAAUUGCUUGCUUCUCUCUCUCUCUCUCGGGGUCCCGCCUUGGAAAGUUAGGAGGAGCUGCAAAUACGAAGAGGACCCGUUCAGUUGCUGCAAAUUGUUGACGUCCGUUUAGCUGUUUUGCUUGUCCGCAACAAAAUCGUGUUAAUUCAUAGGAAGAAAGAAAGAACACAGACGAGAAGAUCGAAAGAUCUCUAAGAUGACAGACACACUUUUUAUGUAAUUUUUGGGGCAAUGUGAGAACCAAAGAAAAUGUACUUGUUAGUGAAGCUUCAAGACGAUGGUUAGACUGCUGUACCAGGAGUUACAACGAUUUCUUUGCACCUAAGAGUCACAGUGAAAUGGCUGAUUUAAUUGGUGGAGCAUUAGUAGGUGCUGUGGUCGCGGAGUUACUAAAGGCAGUUCUAGAGGCACGUGAUAAUGUUUCAGAGUUCGGAGAGCAUUUCCAGAGGCUAAAAGCAACCCUAACAAGUUUACGAUAUUCAAUACAGCAGGUUGAACAAAUUGAUGAGGAACUAAGAGAUGGCAAACAGAUUGAUGAUGCUCAGACAGUUAAAAUGAAAAACCGUAUGUCUGAAUUGCGUGAACAAUUAGAGUAUGGCCAGAUGUUGAUCAAAAAGUGUUCUAAAGUGCGCAAGUGGAAUCUCUGGAAGAAAUACAAGUAUUCCAAGAAAUUAAUCAAGUUAGACACAGAGUUUAGAACGUUUCUAGAUGUGGAAGUGCAAAGUAACUUAUGGGUAGAAACAAAAAGGAGCAGAAUAGACAUGAAAGAGUUGCUUAGGAGGUUUAGUAGCAUCAGUACCAGUUCCAGUGUUCAAGAUGAUAUUCCUUACUGUAGCUACGCUAUGCCUGAAGUUCCAAGUAAGAUUGUUGGGUUACGAGCUGCUCUGGAAGAGUUAAAAAGAAGGUUGUUCAGUCAAGAUGUGGUAGGAGUAUGUGCACCUGGAGGAUGUGGUAAAACAACCUUGGUGGCAAAACUCUGCCAAGAUGAGGCAGUAAAAGGGAAGUUCGGAGAAAUUGUGUUUCUAACUGUUUCAGAAUCUCCCAAUCUGAUGGUGAUCUAUCAGAGACUGUGGGCAAGGCUGGUCAAUCCCAAUUCUGUACCUAAGUUCAUAGAUGAGGAUGACGCAUAUACUCAGCUGAUGUUUAAUUUAAACAAACGAAAACGACAUCCUGUCCUGGUGGUUCUGGAUGAUGUUUGGUCCGAAGUGGUACUCGAGAAGCUUCUGUUUGAGAUUGCAGGCAUAAAAACUCUUGUUACAUCUAGAAUCAAAUUUAAGCUGCUUAAGUCUAUUUACACCUUACCACUGCUUGGACAGAAAGAUGCAUUGGAUCUAUUUUGUCACCUGGCUAUUGACUCUGACCAGGCAAUUGAUAAACCAGAUGAUGACAUGGUGAAACAGAUAGUGGCAGGCUGCAAGGGUCUCCCUUUGGCACUAAAAGUGAUAGGAAGUUCACUGAGGCGGGAAUCAUUGAGAAAGUGGCGUAAGACAGCACAGAUGCUUCUGAAAGGUGGACAAAUUUUUAAGGAGCACAAAGCUCUUCUGAAUAUUCUGGGCACCAGCUUAAUUUCGUUGGAAAAAGACCUCAAAGAGUGUUUUAUGGACCUGGGUUCAUUUCCUGAAGACGAAAAGAUACCUGCUGCCUCAGUCGUUGACAUGUGGAUUGAAAUCCGUGGUUUUGAUGAAGACGACGCCUAUGUUGCUCUAGUUGAACUCUCCAGAAGAAACCUGUUCACACUCAUCGAAAGAACACAGGAUGCAGCUGGACACAUAGAUGGAAGCUUCAGUAACCUUUUUAUUCUUCAGCAUGAUCUGCUGAGAGAAUUGGCUAUCUAUACCAACCAGGGGAAUGAUGAUAACAAUGCGCAACAGAAUGUCAUGCUUUUUUUGAAACAAGUCGACCUUCCUAAAAUGCAGCAACAGACGUCCCUAGCUCGGAUUGUAUCCAUACAAACCGGUGAAAUGGGUCCUUGGAACUGGUUUGAUAUGGCACUUCCUCAUGCUGAAGUUCUUAUCCUUAACUUCACAGCUAACUCAUAUUGCUUGCCUCCAUUUCUGGAGAGAAUGGAAAAUCUCAAGGUCUUGAUUAUUGCAAAUCACAGCUCCAAUCCUGCAGCACUCAGUGGGCUCUCAACCUUUGGUUCUCUAAAAAAUCUCCGGAGAAUCAGACUGCAAAAGAUAUUGGUCCCGUUGCUUUCUACAUUUACAGAGCCAUUGCAAUAUCUGCAAAAGCUAUCACUGGUGCUUUGUGAGGUUAGUCAAGAUGGUGGUUAUUUGCCACUGGAUAUCCCGAGGGUCUUCCCUGCUGUAACAGAGCUAGAAGUAGACUACUGCAAAGGUUUAGACGCAUUGCCUCCUGGAAUCUGCAACCUUUCCAAUCUAAAGAGAUUGAGCAUCACAAACUGCCCUGAUUUAAAUGGCUUGCCAGAGAGCAUUGGCUCAUUAACUGGAUUAGAGGCUCUAAGGCUACAUGCUUGUACUAGUUUGGAGGGUCUACCGGACUCCGUGUGUAAGCUUGCAAGUCUCAGAAUAUUAGACGUGUCUCAUUGCUCAAACAUCGAGGACUUACCAAUAGGAAUUGGUGAACUGCACCGUUUGGAAAGGCUUGACAUGAGCUGGUGUUUAAGUGUGAGGGAACUGCCUGCAUCAGUGAGACAAAUGAUAAGCCUUAGAACUGUUGUUUGUGAUGAUGAGAUUUUUCGCUUGUGGACAACUGUAGGGCAUAACCUGAGCAAACUACGAGUGGAAGUGGCUAAAGAGGACAUCAACUUGAGAUUCCUUUACUAGUCGUUUGGAUUUUCUUUCCAUGCCUUUAGCAUGUAUAUGUGGAAAUUUAAGCAUUUUACUUGGUUAUUUGUUUUAUGUGAUUGUAGUA